AUGGACUCACGACGCGUCUCUUUGCCGGCAUCACUCGCUGUCUCUCACCCAUACUUUGCCACUUAUCACCAUCAACCACGCACAUCGUCUGUCUCAUCAAGUAAUUCCAAUUCAGUCAACGCUAACAGCACAAUGCUGUUGUCUCCCAACUUCUCACCAAGCCCAUGUCCAAGAAGAUCCCUUCCAUCGACUCCACUUCCAAACGGAUCUCGUCGCAGUCUUCCACCAACCCCACCAACUCCAACAUUCUCUUCAACCAGCGAGCACGAAGAGCUUUUUGUGAACGAUGUGCAGAAUGACGACGAACCAGAAUUUCCUCCAAGGAGCACUCGCCUACGCAGCUUUGAUCUACGCGACGGGCAUAUUCUUGACAAAGGAUUUCAGAAGAAACCGAGCGACAAGGAUCUAUUGAAUGUGAACGGAACUGGAUUCAGAAGAGGAGAUAGUCGCCGUGCCACGUGUCCAGACAUCUUCCUUUUCGAUUCCCAAAAUUGUCUAAUGAAACACGUUGUCCUACGGAUCUAUGGUGCACGUAAUUGCGGAAAAAAGAGUUUGGCCAAUCGAAUCCAUCAUUUCGCAACCAGUAUGGCACCGGAAAAAGUCGAUCCUGAUGAGAACGGAAAUGAUUACACCAGAAUGACGACAUUUUUGCUGAAUGGAAGAGAAGUCACACUGGAAAUACUGUUGGAAUCAACACUGGAAAACUCACCAUUCAGACAAUCAAAGACUAUGUAUAUUGUGAUGUAUAAUGUGGAUAACAGACCCUCAUUCAUUUAUGCAACACAGAUAUUGGAGAGAAUCACUCUUGCCAAUCUAAACAAUCCGAUUCCACUCCAACUCUUCCUCGUCGGAAACAAGUGUGACUUGAAACGAAAUCAAGUGAUCUCAACCAACGAAGGGAAAUCUGUUGCGAAAACUUUUAAAUGUGAAUUCCUCGAAGUCUCUGCUCUUCUUGGAAUGAAUACGGAAGAAACAUGGACAACUAUUCUGAAAGAAUUACAAGAACCAUCGGAGAGAAGGCGUCCAUCUUGGGUAGAGCGACUUCUGAAUCGAGGAAAAGGAGUUGCCAAAUCAGCAGAAGAAGUUUUCCAUCGGAUGCUAGCCUAG